AUGGCUGACUCUGAGCUGUCGCAGAAGUUGUCCAGACAACAGCAACGCAACGACGGUGAUGUCAUGCCUGCUAAGGUCUCACAGUCUGUGUAUGCUGAGUUUAAGGAGUUCUCUAUUCAAGAGAUCAAAGAGUACAGGAAAACGUUUCUAAAGUAUGACGAGGACAAAAGCGGAUUUAUUGACCUGAUGGAGCUGAAAAGGAUGAUGGAGAAACUGGGGGAGCCACAGACUCACCUCGGACUUAAGACUAUGAUCAAGGAGGUGGACGAGGACAAUGACGGCGAGAUCAGCUUUAGGGAGUUUAUGCUCAUCUUCAAGUACGCCCGAGACGGUACUCUGGAGAUAGAGGGGCUCAAGAAGAUAGCAGCAGUCUGUGACGUCUCCUCUGAAGGAGUGGGUGGGGCUAAGAGCUUUUUUGAGUCCAGGAUUAACGAGCAAUCAAAGGGAGCGAAAUUUGAGGCUGAGAUCCGAGAGGAACAGGAGAAGAAAAAGAAAGAGGGGGAAGAAGCUGCGGAAAGAAAGAAAGCAUUCAAAGAUAAGGCAUCCAUGUGGAAGUAAUUGAGUUCAAAACUCAACACAAGUUUAUAUAGCUUUCAUAGGAAUAAAUUUUUACUAUCAAUGUGUGUUUUGCAUCGUUUACAAUGUACAUUAAAUUUAACAAGAUGCUCAGUAGAGCAUUGACCCCGUGCUUUGACAUAACGGACACGCUAACUUUUUACCGUAAUAACCUUAACAUUAUGUUCUGAUCGUGAAUCCAUAAAGCAACGAUUAGAAAAUAGUGUUUUUUGUCACCUUCGAAGAUCGCCUAUAAGUUUUAACUAUUAUUUUUCAAUCACUGUCUCGUUGUCAGUUAAAGCUGUCCACGAAAGUGUCUAGUUCACUCAAACAGCUCUUUUUUGUGUCCACACACACACACACAUAGGUUAAAUUUUCUUGACCCAUGGGAAUAACAUUGUAUAUAAAACAUGA